UGGGCGCCAUAGCCCUACCCCUCAUCGAAUAACAUGAUAAAAGUUUCCAAUUAUGAGAAAUAUAACUGAAUGUGUUAAAUAAUUAAAUAAUUACUUUGUAUUUUAUACUUAGACUCGAAUCCUCACGGGCAUAACGACUUCCUGUUGGAGUGCACCAGACUUUUAUUUUGAGUAAUUUGUGAAUUUGUCAAACAAAUGUGAACAAUUUGUAUUUUUUUGCUGUAUUAAAGAAAAUUAGAGCAUCUCUGGGAAGCUGAUAUGUCAUUCAAGGAUCUCAGAUCAUUUACUGAAAUGAUGAGAGCUUUGGGGUAUCCAAGAUUAAUAUCUUUGGAAAAUUUUAGAUAUUCGAAUUUCUCUUUGGUAGCUGAAAUACUUCAAUGGCUCGUGAAAAGAUAUGAUCCUAAUGCCGAGUUGCCAGAUGAUAUAGAUACGGAGCAAGAUAGAGUGAUUUUUAUUAAAUCUAUUGUCCAGUUCAUGGCUACUAAAGCGUAUAUAAAAUUGAAUGCAAGGAAGUUGUAUAUGGCUGAUGGUUAUGCUGUUAAAGAAAUGUUGAAAUUGACAUCUUUACUCUAUGAAGCAAUGAAGACAAAGGUGGAAAAUGAUCUGGAAUCAUUAGAUGAAGAUUCCCAUAUGAAUUUUAAUUUUGACAUAUCUUCAAAAUUAGGAGAUCUGAAAAUAACACGACAUCUUGCAUCUGAAAUAACAACGAAAGGAGCUUCACUGUAUGAUUUGUUAUUAAAAGAAAUUGAUUUAAGGGAAAACAGGUCUUCUGUGUUGUCAAAACAACUAGAUAUUACUGAAAUUGAACAAGGUAUCAAAAAUGCUACAAAAGGAUUAGAAGAAGAAAUCCAAAAAACGAAUACUAUGAUAGAAAACAUAGCUGCAGAUGAGGCAAAUCUGGAAGCAAAAAUUGAAAAAAGAAAAAUGGAUUUGGAGAGGAAUCAGAAAAGAUUACAAACAUUAAAAUCAGUCAGACCAGCAUUCAUGGAUGAGUAUGAACGAUUAGAAGUUGAAUUAGAAGAACUGUAUAAAAAGUAUGUUAUGAAGUACACAUGGUUGGCCUACUUAGAACAGCAGCUUGAAGAACUGGAGAAAAUAGAACAGGAACUUAUUCUGCAAAGAGAAGAGGUGACAAAGCGAAUGGUUGAAAAGCUACGUCAAGAAGACUUAUUACGCAGUGAAGAAAGUGGUAACUUGGAUGACUUUCUCAUAGUUAAUGUGGAAAAUGAAACCCCCCACAGUGCUCCAAGGGAGAAACUUCGUCGACCACAACCAGCACCAUCUGGAGUUCGAAGAGAAACUCAUCGAAGAGUGUAUGGUUCCAUGAGUGGUGGUGAAAAAGAUGAUAGCCUUGAUACUGAUUCUGAUUUAGACCUGGAUGGAGAAGAGGAUGAUGGGUCAGAAGUUACUGAUGAUGAUCAAGAUCUGGAGAAUCUUUCAGACCUAAAAAUUUCUGCUACAAAUGCUGCCCAUGCAGACAGUGAUAAUGACUUUUAAUUGUAGUUGCAGUUUUUAUGGUUAGAUUUUACACUAACUAGUUCUAGUCAAGCAUUACAGUCAUAGUCUAUUUGAGAAAUUUAUCUUUCAUUUUUGUUUAAUUUUGUGAAGAUUUGUUGUUAAUUUUUCAGCAGAAACCACAUAUACGUGCUAUAAUUCUUAAAGUAUAUGAAAAGCAAAAUGUAAAUUUUUCCAAUUAAAAAAAUAUUAAGUACCUGCAGUACCAUAUUAUUUUGCUGAUGACAAAAGUGUUUCAAAAAUAUUUUAUGCAGUGUUCAAUUGUUUUAACAAUAACCAACAAAGUUUUCUUUUUAAAAAUAUAUGAAGAAAUUUUUUUUAAUGUAAAAUUUAUUUUAUUUUAUUAAUUAUAUUUUUCAAACAAUGCUAUUAUAAUGCAUACAAGCUUUUCUGAUUUACACAUAUAUACUUUCUGAUACAAUCAGAUUUGCUUUCUAAUUAUUUCUGUAGUUUAUUACAUUAUUUUAUAUGCUACAACUUAUGCAGUUGUUCUUUUCAUUUCUGUGUGAAUUAAAUAUACAUUUUCAAUCCAAUAAUAUUUUUCCAUAAUGUUCAUCAAAACAUAUUCUUAAAAUUGUACAGUUUUUUUGUGAAUUUAUUUUUAUAUGCAUCAUCAUGUUUUGCCUUUGAUAAAUUUUAUAUAAGCUGCAUGUACAAGUUAAAACUUAUUUAAAAAAGGCAGCAACAAAAACAUAGUAAGAGAAUUUAUUUUGCCUUGAUAGUUAAAUGCAUGUGCCUUUGAAUUUUAUGUAAAACCUAUCCGUACAUUAUUAGUAUGCACAUCAGAUGUACAGUCUGUAACAGAAUUGAUGAUCAUAACUUCAAGGGGUAAUAAAAAGAUGACAACAGUAAUAGCUUUCUUAACAUAAUGCAAAAUGUUACUAUUAAAUAGAGUAAGAAAAUCGUAACUUUUGCCAUAUUCUAUUACCAUUAAUUUGUGACCAUUAAUUUUGUUACACUCUGUACAUGCAAAUGCAUUUCAUAAUUUAUAUAUAUUGAUACUCUUUUACAUUAUUAAGAGAAAGAAAAUUUGUGUUUUACAAAUUCCGUCCAUGUAAUCAUGAUUGUUAUUUUUUGUGAAAAUAUUUUUUUAAUCACUGUUAAAUACUCUAUAUCCAAAAAUUCAAGUCAAAAUGCUAGUAUCCUGUUACUUUAUGCACAUCUUGUUAUUAUUGUUUCUUUCUUUGUAAAUAAAAUACAUAAAUCUA